CUGGGUUAAAGCGGCAGGGGGAGGUGCCCGGAAGAGUCCCGUUUCCUCGUCGUCUUCCGUGUGGACUUUCGGGCUUGAGUUUGGGACGGGGCGCGGCGGCGGCGGAGGAGGCAGGAGCAGCAGCAGCCAGGCACGGGGCUCAAGCGAGGCGGCCGCACCUAACCGACCGCUGCGAGAGACAAAGCGCGGGCCUGUUGGACGGGGUGAGGGGGUGUUUGGAAAGCCAGCGCGAAUCGCCGUCGUCACAGCGGAGGGGGAAGGAAAAAAAAAAAAAAACAGCCGCCGCAGAAAUGACUACCAUUAAUACAGGAAAUGUUAAUUUCAAAUGGGAUCCAAAAAGCUUGGAAAUAAGGACAUUGGCAGUUGAAAGAUUGCUUGAACCUCUUGUUACCCAGGUCACAACAUUGGUCAAUACUAGCAACAAAGGUCCUUCCAACAAAAAAAGAGGCCGAUCUAAAAAGGCGCAUGUUUUAGCUGCAUCAGUUGAGCAAGCAACAGAAAACUUUUUGGAAAAGGGGGACAAAAUUGCAAAGGAGAGCCAGUUUCUUAAAGAAGAACUGGUAGCAGCUGUGGAAGAUGUUCGCAAACAAGGAGACUUGAUGAAGAGUGCUUCUGGAGAAUUUGCUGAUGACCCCUGUUCUUCUGUGAAACGAGGGAAUAUGGUGAGAGCAGCUCGGGCCCUCUUGUCAGCAGUUACCCGGCUGCUCAUUUUGGCUGAUAUGGCAGAUGUCUACAGACUACUUGUACAACUUAAAGUUGUGGAAGAAGGCAUUCUAAAACUAAGAAAUGCUGGAACUGAACAAGAUUUAGGAAUACAAUAUAAAGCUCUUAAACCAGAAGUGGAUAAGCUAAAUAUAAUGGCAGGCAAGAGACAACAGGAACUGAAAGACAUUGGUCAUCGUGACCAGAUGGCUGCAGCCAGAGGAAUUCUUCAGAAAAACAUCCCUAUUCUUUAUACCGCUUCUCAAGCUUGCCUCCAGCAUCCAGAUGUAGCUGCCUAUAAAGCCAAUAGGGACUUGAUCUACAAGCAGUUGCAGCAGGCAGUCACAGGAAUCUCUAAUGCUGCCCAAGCGACAGCUUCUGAAGAUUCUGUCCAACAUCAGAGUGGUGGUGGAGAGUUGGCUUAUGCACUUAAUAACUUUGAUAAACAAAUUAUUGUAGAUCCCUUGAACUUCAGUGAAGAGCGUUUUAGGCCAUCCUUAGAAGAGCGCUUGGAGAGCAUCAUUAGUGGUGCAGCCCUAAUGGCUGACUCAUCCUGCACACGUGAUGACCGACGGGAACGCAUAGUGGCCGAGUGUAAUGCAGUGCGACAAGCCUUACAAGAUCUGCUUUCAGAAUACAUGGGAAAUGCUGGGCGCAAAGAAAGAAGUGAUGCCCUCAACUUGGCAAUAGACAAAAUGACAAAAAAGACAAGAGAUUUGCGUAGACAGCUCCGUAAAGCAGUUAUGGACCAUGUUUCAGAUUCUUUUCUGGAAACAAAUGUACCACUCCUUGUUUUGAUUGAAGCUGCUAAAAAUGGGAAUGAGAAAGAAGUUAAGGAAUAUGCACAGGUUUUCCGUGAACAUGCCAACAAGCUGAUUGAGGUUGCCAACUUGGCCUGUUCUAUCUCGAAUAAUGAAGAAGGUGUGAAAUUAGUUCAUAUGUCAGCAAGCCAGCUUGAAGCACUGUGUCCUCAGGUAAUUAAUGCAGCAUUGGCUUUGGCUGCCAAGCCACAAAGUAAACUGGCUCAAGAAAACAUGGAGAUGUUUAAAGAACAGUGGGAAAAGCAAGUGCGUGUGUUAACAGAUGCUGUGGAUGACAUCACUUCCAUUGAUGAUUUUUUGGCAGUAUCAGAAAACCAUAUUCUAGAAGAUGUAAAUAAAUGUGUCAUUGCUCUUCAAGAAAAAGAUGUUGAUGGUUUAGAUCGCACUGCUGGUGCAAUCCGUGGUCGUGCAGCAAGAGUAAUUCAUGUUGUCACUUCUGAAAUGGAUAAUUAUGAACCCGGAGUAUAUACAGAAAAGGUUUUGGAUGCAACAAAACUGCUGUCAAACACAGUUAUGCCACGUUUUACUGAACAAGUAGAAGCUGCGGUAGAAGCAUUAAGUUCUGACCCUGCUCAACCAAUGGAUGAAAAUGAAUUUAUUGAUGCUUCACGACUAGUAUAUGAUGGAAUCCGUGACAUCCGAAAAGCAGUACUGAUGAUCAGAGUGAGUGAACUUCAGUACCUGACUCAGGGGACGGAGGCCGUCAAUGCCCUGCGUUACAAAUAUUCUAUUCUCUUUUGCAGAGGUAAAGGACCUCUAAAAAACACAUCGGAUGUAAUCAGUGCAGCAAAGAAAAUUGCAGAAGCCGGGUCAAGAAUGGAUAAACUAGGACGGACAAUUGCUGAUCAUUGCCCAGAUUCUGCUUGCAAACAAGACCUUCUAGCCUAUCUGCAGCGUAUUGCUUUAUACUGUCACCAGCUGAACAUUUGUAGCAAAGUGAAGGCAGAAGUUCAGAAUCUUGGAGGAGAACUUGUGGUGUCUGGGGUGGAUAGUGCCAUGUCCCUGAUCCAGGCUGCCAAGAACCUGAUGAAUGCUGUGGUACAAACUGUGAAGGCCUCCUACGUGGCCUCCACUAAAUACCAGAAGUCUCAGGGGAUGGCUUCUCUGAACCUUCCUGCUGUGUCUUGGAAAAUGAAAGCUCCUGAGAAGAAGCCCCUAGUCAAGCGAGAGAAACAAGAUGAAACCCAGACCAAAAUCAAGCGAGCUUCCCAGAAGAAACACGUUAACCCAGUGCAAGCGCUCAGUGAAUUCAAAGCCAUGGAUAGCAUUUAAUUUGUCAUUUCAGUUUUCCUUCCUUCCUUCCUUCCUUCCUUUCCGAAUUUCUGCCUUCUGGAUUAUGUUAAAAGUUUAUUUACUUAAUAUUAUGAUAAAAUCAUUUAGACUAAAAAGAAAUAAACAGAGUUAGGGAGCAUGACAGUUCAACUUUCAAUUUGCACGCACGAUAAUGUUAGUAUGAAAAUGCUGUCUAGAAAUGCUUCUGUGAUAUUUCUAGCUCCUGUUUUGCAUAAAAUAAGGCCUGCUUUAAAUCUGUUUUAUAACCAAAGAUAAAUUCACAGUAACAAUCAUCCUUCGCAUAGCUGGAUCAUGUCAUUCUGAGGAGAAAAUUGAGCCCUCUCAGUAUGAACGGGAAUCAAACAUGUGUUUGUUUCUUUUCUAAAAAGUAUAUAUAUGCUGGGUGGAUAAAGAUAAACUUUGCUAUGCUUAAUAAUUGGGAAAGUGGAAGCGCUAAUUGCUACUUAGAACACUAAGACAAUAGAAAAUGAAUUUGAAAAAGUAAUAUACUGUAGCAUUCUUUCUAAUUGAAGUAGGUAUUGACUUUUUUCCAGCCUGAACACAUUGAUGCAUUUAUUCUAAGUAACUCUUGAGGGGAACACACAUUAGGGGUAUAGAUAAUACUGAGGGACAAGUUGUAGCUAAAUCAGCAUUUCUAAGGUAGUUUUCCUUGACUCUUGGGAACUGAAGAAGUCAUUAUAAAAGGAACUUGAUGCGCAUUGUGCAGUGUAUUAGAACACACAAAUUUUUACUUAUUUUUGGGAUGUGACAAUGCUUGGUUACAGGUUACUGAUCUUUUUUGCCACAAGACUAAUAAAAAAUUCUUGUUACCAGUAGGUGCUGCAAAAGUUGCCUGUUUUCCUUCGGCAUUCAAAUGCAAGUGCAUCACUGUGUUAUUGUAAUAAUUGCUAGUCAUUUUCCUUAAAGCUUAAAAAGAAAUGUAGCAAAUUAUGUUUAUUCAGGCUGCACCCUAGGUAUGAAUUGUCAUAAUGGGAGCUCCAUGGCAUAAUUCUUCUGUUUUAAAAUUUUUAUGGAUUUCUGUUUUUAUAUCUUUUCCAAUAAAGUAUAAAAACCAGU